UUGAAGUGCGUUAUUUAACAUGCAGACAUUGUAGUAUUAAUAAGUAGUAGUAAAUUAGCGUUCAAGUUUACUAACCAUUAGUUAUGGAAGUGUCAUCUAUAAAGAGCCCUACGCCUGUUGUGACUUCUGUGUUUUGUCGGUCGUUCACAGAAACGGAACGCCAGCAUCUUUACAAAGUAUCUCGCUUAUUCGUUACAUUCUAUUAUUUAUACGUAUCAUAUUAUGGACUAUUUGUUUUGGAUUUGGAAAAUAUCGUUCAUCCGAAAUUUGGAAAACUUGGUUCCAAUUGGUGGUGGAAAUGUAUGUCUGUUUGGAGUCUAGUAAUUCAAAUAGCUUACUUUUUUUAUUGCACAAUAUGUAUCGACUAUGCAGAGUAUAUUUUUGGAAAAUCUAGAAUAAUCAUGCAUUUAGAAAAAAACAAAAAAGUGAGAGAUUUUUAUUUCGUCAGCUUCGUUUUCCCAGUGACUAUUUAUGUGUGCCUUUUUUUUUGGACUAUUUGUGCAGUAAAUAAACCGUUACUUUUUCCAAAAGAGAUGUCUCAAUGGAUACCUGAUUGGUAUAAUCACGCAGUUCACACGAAUCCCAUUGUAUUAUCCCUACUUGAAAUGAUUACAACUAAACGUAAAGUACCUAAGUUUAGCAAAUCUUUAAUCAGUCUUUGUUCACUGGGUGGAUCUUAUAUUUUAUGUUUAAUUUAUGUGAAGUACACUUCUGGAUUUUGGACUUACUUAUUAAUAGGAGAAAUAUUUCAAUCAGGGAUUACUGAAAUUAUAGUUUUCUUUUUAUUUACAGCUUUUAUUAUCCCAUGCAUACAUUUGGUUAUAGGAUACAAACUAUGUUCAUGGCUUUGGAGUGAAAAUACAACUGAAGAAAAACAAAGAUUAAAAGAUUGUUAACACAAAGAUGUGUUAACUAAAUUAUAAAAUGUUAUUUAAACUAAAUCACAUAUUUUUUUAUUAUGUAAAAUAGGUUUGAUUAUUUGUUUUUAAAUAGUUGUUAAAAAUCUUUAAUAUUCAAAUAAUGAAAGAACUACAUCAAAAUUUGUCUUUCAUUUUAGAAAUUCAAUUAAAAUCUAUUCCAAUAAUAUAUUAGGUCAACUAAAAUUGUAUUAUUGUAACUUUAUUUUAAAUAAUAAUUCGUAUGCCAUUAUUUUUAUAAAAUUAUAAUUUAAAUAUUAGAUUAAGUGUGUUAAAAUAAUUUAGGCGCUUGUGUGUGAUACUUUGCUAUGCUUUUGUAUACGUUUUACAAUAAAUAAUUUUUUACCAAAUAUUAAAAUAAAAAAAUCUAUGUAUACCCAAAAACAUUACUAUAGUCAUAAAUAAUACUUAUGUUUAAUAUAUACUCUUUUAGCUUCAAUAAUACAAAAUAAUUUUAUUGUUAUUGUUAUGACUAUUAUUAAAAUAAAUAAAUAAUAUAAACACA